AAUGAUAUUGCUCUCUUGAUAUCCCCAUCAGCACUUUAUGCCGUGCAAAGAAGUUUCGGCCGCCACCCCCCACCCUCCACUUUUACUUUUUCCCUCAACCUCACCUCGCCACCACCGCCCCCGCUGCCCCCCCCCCCUCCCUCAAAGAUCUGCCAUCCAAGCUCUGGGUGGAUUUCGCACUCCCUGGGAUCUGAGUCCAACCACAGGUCAGAGGCACCCUGUGAUUUGUAAACUUCUGACUGAGAUUAACCUGAAGCCUUCAUCUCCUAAUGGUAUUAAUAGACCUCUGAACAGAAGGAUUACAAAAACUGGUCUGCAGUUAUGCCUCAUGGAAGACCUGCCCCACCUAACAAGAGGAAAAAGCCCUCUAAGAUCAUCACUGACCUGUCACAUGUCACUCAAGAUGAGUUUGAGCCUGAGGAUUCAGAGUUUAACCUGGGGAUGAAGAUCAAGACUCCCAAGGACACCAUGCUGGAGGAGCUGAACCUCUUCACCAACAAGGGCUCCAAGAUGUUCAAGAUGAGGCAGAAACGUGUGGAGAAGUUCAUAUAUGAGAACAACCCUGACCUCUUCGGCAGUGAGUCUAUGGAGAACUUCCAGAAGUUGGUCCCCAGCCUGGGUGGCACAAUGAUGUUGGAUGCUAGUGGCCACGUGGUGGACAAGCAAUCAGGCCCUCCUGCACCCCCUCCCAAACCAGGCAAAGAUGGGCAUGGUCAUGGUAGUCAUGGAGUAGAGGUUGCCUUAGACAAAGCCAAGAAAAGGCAUGAUUAUGUUCCCUCAUACGUAUCACCGUGGGAAAAGGCCAUGAAGGGCAACCAGGAGCUGACAUCCAGCAUGAGAUAUCAUAUGCCAGUCCCCCAUGCCCACCUUGAUUUGCCCAAGUACAAGUCCUUCAACAGGAGUGCUACACCAUUUGGGGGCUUUGAUAAGGCCUCUCAGCUCAUGACCUUCCAGCUGCCAGACACCCAUGAGGUGGCCCAUGAGGAGCCUGAACCAGCUGUGGUAUACCAGCAUGACAUUGGCGCUCGACCCUCCUUCAACCGUACUCCUAUAGGCUGGGUGGGAAGCAGUGAGCCCAGCAGCAUCCACAUGGAGUUGGAUGCCCUGCCCUUCGAUGGGGAGACUGACGACCUGUGAACAGCAUGCCCCACAGACCCAGAUGUGCAGACAGAGACCGCGCACAAUAUAUAAAUCUACAUAAAGAAAAAACAUACACUUUUUAGAAAGGUUUGUGAGCCAGUCAACUUUUCCUUGAGUUCAAUUCAUGAAAGAAAUAGUUUAUGAAAACAAACCACAAAGCUCAAUAUUGGGCUCUUUAAAUUAGAAUGCAAGAUAGAGAGAGAGAGAGAGAGAGAGAGAGAGAGAGAGAGAGAGAGAGAGAGAGAGAGAGAGAGAGAGAGAGAAAGAAAGAGGGGGUGAUUAGUUAGUAUGUUUGCAACAAAGAAAUCAAUCAUGAACAAAGACAUCAAUUGUGAGCCUAUUGUUUUCAACUUCCCAGUGAACACAGGAGGCUACCAUAACUGUGAUUUAUGCGUACUCUUAUUUUUUUCCAUUAUGAUUCAUUUAGUAGGCAUAGUAUAUUGUUCAAUCACACAAGUCUCCAGCUCAGUCACGAAGCAGCAGCAUAACAUAGUUUGUCCAUGAGGAGAGACAAAUAAACAGGACCGAAGGGUUGAACUUUGUUUCGUUUUUUUUCUGUGUCAGCAUGUUGCUGUGUCCACUGCUCAUCCAGAAGAGCUACAAGUUGUUCCUCUAGCUAUAGCCUUCUACCAUCAUGGUUUUUACUGUAUUUCUCUGUUUUCUGUGUUUCUGUGCCACUUUGACUUUUGACAGCUUUGUCAUGGCCCUGCAAAUCCAGCAGCCUAGCCUAGGAUGCAUGCAGUAAGCGUGAGGUGUGCUAAUUUCUGUUGCGUGAUAGAGAUUGUGAUGAACUAAUACAGUACUGCAUCACCCAAGACUUCUCCCUAAUAAACUUUUUCCAAUUGUA